AACAAAUAGCAUCCACUAGUAAUAGAGACUCCAAGCCAGUAAAAUGCUAUCAUCGGUAAUUCUUUCGAUUGUUCUCUUCAGCUGUGCAUUCGGCGCAGAUCCACGAUGUCCGCGAGAGGAAAAUCUUGCUGUAGCAGUUCAUCUGCCGCACCCAACCGAUUGCGGCAAGUUUUUAACUUGCAACUGGGGUGAUACCGUAGUUCAGGACUGCCCCGGAGGACUUCACUGGAACGAUAGGUACCGCUAUUGCGACUGGCCAGCACAAGCGAACUGCAUGUCUGGGGAGGAGGAGGAGGGAUCGGCUUUGUGCGUUCCCGGCGAUCUAGAACCACACUCCGAAUGUAGCAAAUUCUACAUCUGCGCAAAUGGAAAGCGACUGGAGCUAAGUUGUGCACCAGGGCUACAUUUCAACCCAGAUGCGAAGGUCUGUGAUUACCCGAAACGGGCUAACUGCGAACAGUUAAGUACGGAAUCCACUUCACCAGCGCCGACCACUGGUUUAUCGGGUGGGGAUGAGGUAACCGAAGAUAUUACAGAUACCACACCCGGAUUGCCCGAAACUACAGCAACGGAACCAGUUAUGGAGAGUGAGCCGCCAUCCACGCCAAACCUGAGCAGUCCAACAUCUUACGAAUUUGUCAGAUCACAUGACACAGUUGAAGAAUAUACAACGGACAGUCAACAUGAUGUGUAUUCAAACUACUUGUAUGACAAGUGAUCCUUUUUAACAAGAUGAAAUAAAGUGUAGUGAACAUAUUUUAGAAUAUGUAAUAACCAUACAAGAAAACAAUAAAUACAUAUGUAAGUCAGUAAAACGGAA